AUGCAUGGGUUUCCACGGAUAUCCCGACAAUUCCAUGGUGAGGGUAUAUCAACUGCAGCGUCACCGCUUCUCUCCACUUUCAGCGAAAUUACAUGUCGAACCCCGACGACGCCACGGACGCAGCAUCACAAUGAAGGGAACAGCAAUAAUACACAGCGGAAUUACCAUCCAGCUGCUUCCAUAUUAUCAACCUUGACGCCGAGAGAUGACGACAGUGAUCUUCAUCGACACAAACGGGUCUUCGCAUGCCCAUCACUACACAGCGGAGCGGAUAGUACUGAUUCUGAUGAACCUCGUUCCUCGGACAAACACAUCUGGGCCCGCUCACCACUGACUCCAUGCUUUCUUGCGUCCGAAGCUCCCUAUACACCUGAUGACAGCAAUGAUGGAGCGAAAUUGGGCACCCUGUCCGCCAUUAACAUCAUUGUUGGAAAAACAGUCGGGGUUGGCGUGUAUUCAGUGCCAUCCUCCAUCUUUGCUGGCGUGGGUUCAGUCGGUAUGUCGAUUAUGAUGUGGGUUUUGGGUGCUCUGAUCUCAUUCUGCGGUCUCGCCGUCUAUCUCGACUUGGGCACUGCGAUCCCACGCUCCGGUGGUGAGAGGGUCUACCUCGAACGGAUCUUUCGCAAGCCAUACAUGUUGUCAACAUGCAUGUUUCUGGCAUACGUUGUGCUUCUUGGUUUCAGUGCUCCAAAUUGUAUAAUAUUGGGAGAAUACGCUGUAUACAUCAUCGGUGGUACUCCCAACGGGUGGAACGCACGAUCAAUAGGAGUCGGGGUCAUUACCCUGUCGUGCUUGAUCCAUGCUCGGGCUCCCAAACUGGGAUUGAAAGUAAUAAACAUAUUAGGGGUGGCCAAGAUAAUCAUCAUGAUUGCGUUCGUCAUAUUGGGGUUUGCCAGUUUGUUCAGAGGACAGGAAAGCAAGCAGUAUGGCCAAGUGUCUCAGACAACUGCGGAGCGAAAUUUUGCAAGCAUCUGGGCUGGAUCUUCAACUCAGCCCUAUGACUACGCCACGGCACUUCUCAAAGUUAUCUACUGCUUUCGUGGAUACAGUGCAGCAAACCAGGUUUUGUCGGAUGUCAAAAAUCCGAAGAAGACUCUUCGUCUUGCCGCCCCGAUUGCCCUAGGUCUUGUCUCUGUCGGAUAUGUCCUUGUCAAUGUUGCAUAUUUUCUCGUCGUCGAUAAAGAAGACUUCAAGGCGUCUGGUGUCGCCGUUGGAGCUCACUUCUUUCGCAAUGUCUUUGGCAAGCUGGUCGGCGAACGGGUCCUGCCUUGCUUGAUCGUUCUCAGUGCGUUUGGAAACAUUGCCGCCACGUCCUUCGCCCAAGCCCGAGUCAAUCAGGAGUUAGGCUGCGACGGUCUGCUGCCAUUUCCAUCUCUCUGGCAUAUCGGGCAGAAAACCGAAAAAGCGCCGCCCCUGGCUGGCUUGUUCCUCCACUGGCUGGUAUCGGUGAUUGUGAUCCUCAUUCCGUCAGGCGACGUCUAUGCAUUCCUAGUUGACGUCGGCGGAUACCCGGUCAGUGUGAUCAGUGUGGCCGUUGCCGGUGGACUGCUGUACCUGCAUCGCUCCUCACGGGCAGACUGGGCUGCGUCAGCAAUUCACUACAAAGCUCGCACCACCUACGUGGUAAUCUUCAUUGCUGCCAAUGCAGUUCUGCUUGUCCUGCCGUGGGUACCACCCGUCGACGGGAAAGGCGACGGUUCUCUCCCCUACUACGCGUAUCCAAUGACAGGGCUGGCAAUCCUGGCAUUGGGUGGGAUAUACUGGGUUUGGUGGCGAUGGGGAAUGCGAGUGCGCACGCAAACUAUCCCACGCCUAAGGGCAGCAAUGGCUCCCAGGACUCAUCGCCAUCAGCAGGCCAAGAACUUUGAUGAAGUCGAGAUCCCUCUCAUGGGUCUUCUGUCCGAGGAGAAUAGUGACCAGGAAGCUAACAUUGACGUUGAGGUUGGGGGGUGA